AUGAGUUACGAAGAGAUUGAUAAAUCAGUCUAUGGAACAGAUGUUUUUACGAAUGGUGCAAAGGGUCGAUAUGCGAAGCCCGAACUGACCAACGGAGAAUCCUCGAAAAAGACAAGCGAGAGGAAGAAACGCGCGCCGAAAGUUACGGACGAAUUAGCUGAAAGUGGACAAACGGAAGAAGUCGUCAAGACGAAAAAGAAAAGCCACAAAGCGUCCGAAAAUGGCAAAGUACAAGACAAUGUAGACAUGUCUCAAUUGACUCCUUCAGCUGAUGGCGAAACCGUUGCAAAACCGAAGAAAAAACGAGCACCAAAAGCCGAAUCUAACAUUGAAAACAUCGACCCAAGUCAAAUCACCGAAACUGAACCAACAAAAAAGAAAAAGGCCAAAGCACCGAAAGUUCCGGCAGCUGAAGAUGAUUUUCAAAUAAAUGAUAGUACUCAAUUAGAUCUAUCCACCGAAAUGGCGCCCAAAGUGAAAAAGCCGAAAAAGCAUAAAACACCGAAAACAACCGAUGCAUUGUUGGAUGGAACACAAGACUACAUUUCAAAUGAUACUGCUUAUCCAGGUAUUGCUUUUAUUUCCUACUAA